AGAUGCAGACAACUAUUUACUGCUUGUUUUCAUUAGUUUGAUUUUUCAUAAUAAUCAGUCAUGGCUCUUUUGUGCUACUCCUGGUUAUUAUUGCUCCUAGUCGUAGUAAUUUCAUGCAGCGGUGGGGGCGACGUUACGACCAACCGUACCGCCGAGGUUUUGAGUCCGUGCGACCACGCCAAUCUGACCAGAAUUUUGCAUGACUUGGUUCAGCAACACUCGUCCAUUGCGUCCCUGACCUCGAUUGGAAAUUCUAGUCAAGGUCGAGCCUUGUGGGUCAUGCGGGUCGGAGACUCUGUAAAUUUGCGACCCGUGCUCAGACCACAGGUAAAAUUGGUUGGAAAUGUGAACGGAUUCUCGGGUCCAGCAUGUGCAACAUUACUCUCAUUAGCUCAGCGACUUCUCAUCGGAUUUCGCAAAGUUGGAACUCAAGAGCGUCGUCUCCUCCAGGCACUCGAGGUCCAUAUUCUUUUCGACAUGAAUCCUGACGGGUCUGCAGCUGCGAAACCGGGAUCAUGUCUGGAUGGGAAGGGACGUAGCAACGGGGCUGGCGUCGACCUCAAUCGCGACUUUCCCCUCGUGUUCCCCACCUCCGAGGAGGAAUAUCACUACUCCCACCAUAACCUCCAACCCGAAACAGCCGCCGUGAUGCGAUGGUCCCUCGCCAACAAUUUUGUCCUCUCGCUCUCUCUCCUCUCUGGUCAGGCAAUGCUGGUCCUCCCGUUCGACGACCGCCUCGACCUCAUGACCUCUCAAGCCCACGAAACCCCCGACAACGACAUCUUCACGCGACUAGCGGACAAAUAUGUGGCUGCCGUGGGGGGCCAAGCAGGCAGCUGGAACUGUGCCAAUCUCCGCCGCAAUUUCCCUAAAGGCUGGGUCAACGGGGCGGAAUGGUAUCCGGCUCGGGGGACGAUGAUGGACUGGUCCUAUGUGAGAGCCGCCACACCGGAAAUUACGGUGGGGUUGCAUUGCUGUCGAAAUCCGGGGGAUGAGGCCACACUCUUGCAAAUUGCGGCAAGGCAUGAACGGGGAAUUUACGCCCUUCUCGUGGAAGCCGCCUUGGGUGGCAUCCGUGGUCAAGUGGUUGACACCCUGAGUCACGACGUGCUGGAGGGGGCAUUGAUGUCGCGGGUGAAUAGCAGAGGUGAUGAUGACGGUCUCUCUCCACUAUUUUGGUUCACAUCGAGACAGGGAGAGUUUUGGAGGCUACUUCCGCCUGGGAGGCAUACCUUGCAGGUCACAUUAGACGGGUAUCGCCCUACAAGGGUGCAAGUUAACGUUGGCGACGAGCCCACGCUGGUCAAUAUUCACUUAAUGCCGAUCAGUCUGCCCUCAACCACGACACCAAGUACCACUACUAGCACUACUACCACUCCCCUGGUUUCAUCGACCUCAAGUGCCACAACUCCAGCGGAGGAACAAAAUUCAUCCCCGACACUAAACCUUCCAACACUACAGAGUAACAGCAGUACGACAAAUACGACAAAUAAGAAAGUGAAAGUCGUCCUAGAUGGAGAUUGGGGGCCCAAAAUGCAAGGAUUUCAUCGAGGUUUGAGCAUCAUGUUGGCCGAGCUGUCGUCAAGGUCGUCCUCUUCGUGCAGGAAACCCACACCGCCGCCCAGAUUCGUUUCGAUCCCACUUUUCCUUCUCCUCUACGUUUCCUCAUAUUUUAUUCAGCAUCAAAUUUAUUGAACUUUAAGAGGCCGUAUACAGUAAUUAAAGGUGAUGGGCUAAAUAAUCUGUUUAGCAUUAAUUAACUACAUGUUUUUACACACAGAGGCCAGUUUUGCAUAGACUUUGGCAGUAUUACAUAAGUGCAUCAACACGCCGUGUCGAUGAUUAUAAUAAUAACAAUCAAGUUGCUAACUUA